AUGGCUGCCCCAUCUCUCCCGCCCGGCACACAAUGCCAUGGCUGCCCCAUCUCGCCCGCCCGGACCAUGCAGCAGCGCUGCCACAGCCGGCGCCUCAGUAGAGCGGGCCGCGGUCUUGCCUCCCCCCCCAAACGUCACUUCCGGCCGCACACAAGGGGGAAGAUGGCGGCGCCCUGUAAUUCGGAGCUUCCGUCCGAGGCUUCGUCUUGCCUGAAAAUCCCGAAGAACGAAGUUUUAUCGCCGCCCUCCCCCGGGCUCAGCGAUGGUAACCGCUCCAUGUCCAACCCGUCCACCCCCAGCCGCUCAUCUCCCCUGAAUGCCGGCGUGACCGGCGGGGCGGCCCCCCCAGGCCUGAGCGGAGCCUCCCCCUCCGUGUCCUUCUCCACCGCCUGCCGGGGCAUGUCCUGGACCCCGGCCGAGACCAACGCGCUCAUCGCCGUGUGGGGGAACGAGCGGCUGGUGGAGGCGCGGUACCAGCAGCUAGAGGGGGCCGGCACCAUCUUCGGGACCAAGGCUCCCGGGCCCGCCAUGUACGACCGGGUCUCCCGGGCCUUGUCCGAGCUGGGCUACGAGAGGACCCCCAGCCAGUGCCGGGAGAGGAUGAAGACUCUUCGCCGGUGCUACAGCCGAGUAAAAGAGCGCGGCGUGGGGAAACGGAAGAGCAGCUACACGUUUGAGCAGCUGGAGCGGGUGUUUGGACAAGGGGGAUGGGACACGCAGCCGUGUCAGCCGGUGCUCAUUAAUAGCAGCGGCUUGUACCAGGAAAUGGAAUCUGACGGAAGUACCAUGGAGGACUAUUCCCAGGAGGACUGGGGGAACCACAGCCAGGACAUCCAAGGCUUCCCAGGGGAGGAUUUGGGAGUAGAAAAGUCUAACAUUUCAUACUUGCCACCUGCGCCAUACCCCAACGCUGGCGACCUACGCACACGGGCAGAGCUGCAGGCUGGAGUCUUAACCGGAGCCAGUGAGGCAGUGGAGGAGAUUGGGAAGAGGCCGGAAGAGCCAGCGCCUUGGGUGGUCCAGAAGCAGCCACUGCCGUGUCCCCCUACUGACGAGGAAGUCAAUGUUCCGAAGAGACCCCCGAAGAACAGAGACUCUCCGGAGGAUGUACAGAAAAGAGAGAUUCUGCAGACUAUUAUGCACAUUUUGGAGUCCGUCCAGCUGAAAUGGGAGCUCUUUCAAAGCUGGACAGACUUUUCCAGGUUGCACCUCUCGAACAAACUAGCAAUUUUUGGCAUUGGUUACAACACGCGGUGGAAAGAGGAUAUUCGAUACCAUUAUGCAGAAAUCAGUUCACAAGUCCCGCUGGGAAAACGCCUGCGCGAGUACUUCAACCCGGAGAAGCCGGAAGGGCGAGUCGUUAUGACCAGAGUGCAGAAGAUGAAUUGGAAAAACGUUUAUUACAAGUUUUUGGAAAUUACCAUCAGCGAAGCGAGAUGUUUGGAACUGCAUAUGGAGACUGACUGGAUUCCUAUAGCUCACUCCAAGCCCAUCGGGGGCGAUCUAGUCCAGUACCUCUUGCCUGGUGGUAUUCCUAAGUGUCCAGGUCUCUAUGCCAUCGGCUACGAGGACCUGAGGAAAAAAUCGGUGGCUGACAACGCAGUUGUUGAUUUAGUCAACGAUGGGAAUUGUGAAAGUCCUACGGCGCUUGCCUCGAAAUCCGAUGCAAUAACUCCUAAAAUUAACUAUUGCUACCUUGGAAUUGCCGAGAGCAUAACGUUACAGCAGUGCUUGUUUUUCCACUUUCAGUCCACCAUUAAGAACCAAAGUAAAGAAUGGGCUAGCAUCAACGGAUUCUUAGCGCAGAACUGCAAGGUGGAGCCUGGGGUGUCCCCUAAAACCAUCUACAUAAAGUUUGUUGAAGUGGAGAGAGACUUUCUUUCCGCUGGGUCUUUAGUAGAGUGCCUGGAAAAAGCCAUUGGGUACCCCUUAAAGUUCAACAAAUGAAUCUUGUCCUUCAUAAGGACUUAGGCGUCUACAGACAUCUUACCAGUUUUCUUUUCCUCCGCCAGGGUUUUGCUGUUGAACUGUGAAUGAGUUUUGUCUAUUUGGAAAUGCCUGUCUGAUAUUUGGAAGAAUUGUCCCGCCCCCCGCCUUGUUUUGGAGAUCUUGUUGGCAAGCGGGGCUGUAUGUUUGGGGCAAAUUGUGUUUUUAUAAAAGAAUUUUAUUGUAGAGCCCUGAUAAUGUAUUUGCUGUAAGUACAUUCCACAUUGGACAUAGCUUAUACUUUCAUUUUCAAAGAAAUAUUGUAAUUUUUUUUUUUUUUUUUUUUAAACGUUUCAUUUUUACAUAUCUAUUUGUGUGUUGACAUCAAACCUAGUAAAGUAACUGAAUGAUGGCGCUCAAUCCUUGAGACAAGAAAUGGCCGCCGUCAUAGCCCAAUAAGAUGAUGAUGUAUAUACUUUAGAUAAGUUUUUUACCCAUUAAGUGUUUUUACUAUUUCCAACCAGUGUUGCCUGCAAAAAAGACUUUUUUGUUUCUGUGCCGUACUGUAUCCACUCUUAGCCGUCUUGCCAUAUCCUUUUUUUAAUCAUUAAAGUAAGUAUUGAAUUA